GAAGGAAGCGAGGAAGACGAAAUGAGUGAUGAGGCAUCAGAAGGCGAUCAGAUGCGAGCAGCCACCUCGGAUCAUGACUCGAAUUCUUCAGAAAAAGGUAGUGGUGACGAUUUUAUUUGGGAUUUCUAUGUUGCUUCAAAUUGUGUGGAAAAUCUUACGUGA